GUCAUCAAUGUGCGUGCAAAAACUCUCAGCCGCGUUGCCGAUAGAGGACUGGCCUAUGCCAAGUUUAAAGCUCACAAAUUUUCUUACCUAAAUAUCUCUGGAAUUGGUUCAAGUUAUGUUCCCGAUGGCGUUGAGUGUGGACUUGCUUGUGUCAGCAUACCUUUAUGCCUCUCCCUUAACCUAGUUGCAUUUCAUGACAUCAUUGGUAAACUGCCGUGUGAGGUACUUCCAUCAGACAUGUACAACAACUCGGACAAGUUUGUCGCCAGUACAGUCACCAUCACUUUCGUAUCACAGCAAGUUAAAAAUCUCAACGUAGUUUACAAUUUCAACAACAUUUGAAUAAAACAAAAAUGGGAUAGGAAGGUACAUUUAAUUCGAGUAAAGGAUUGUUAUUGCACUUACCGAAUUUGGUGAAUUACUGGAUAAGCCUCUAAAUUUGUCUAAACAGUCUUAACCUUCCUAACACAGAGUUUGAAUUAAUUUUCUCCAAGCGAUAUUAAGUUCUAGUACACACGUGACUGUCAGGUUUCAUUUUGUAUGAAUCAAAAAUCUGGGUUACUGGUUUAUUUAAUUAUUUGACUGCAAAAAUGAUAAAUUUCAUUUGAGCCACGAAAGAAGAAAAAAAAUAUGAGUAUAAACCUCAAUCCUCCUUUUCCCUAAGUUUUGAUCGAAAGGUGUGCCGUGUUUCGUUUGCCUCUUUAGUCUCCUUGCAUCAGUUGGCCUUGUCAAAACACAGGAGCUUGUGCCACGCAGUAUGAGGAAAACAUCUACGUGUGCCUUUGUGCGAAAGGAUACAAAGGGAAACACACACACACAGACGCACACAAAAUAAAAAUGCUUUGA